AUGGCGGACUCACCUGCAAUUAGCAGCUCUCAAUCCGAACAAGUCUUACCUGAGAAAAAGAACAAUGGAAGCGGAGACAGGAAGAAUCAUGAUAGGGAAAGAUCCAUCAGUGUCGUGGGCACCGCAGCGAGAGCAAAACUCGCACAAUUAAUACAACUGGCCAGUGAGGCACAAGCCGAAGGCGAAACCGAUUACAAAAAAGUGGUAGAUACCGUGUUUGACUCGGUAGGACAUUAUUUUUUUAAAUUUGUUCCCUAAAUAUUCUCUUUAUUUUACAAGAUCAGCAUUAUAUGCGUUCUAUUUUCAAUUGCAAGGUAAUUUUUUUGGUUCAUUUAAUUCGUCGAACUUGAGGUGAUAUUGGAUUAUAAAGUUUAGGGAAGGAGGAAAUACAUUUCCGGAUUGGCUGCGCGCGCGAAUCAUGUUGAUUACAUGUCAUUUUCUAUUUCCUACAAAAUAUUAUUUUUAACCUUUGUGUUACAACAGCUCGUUGGUGGAGUUUUUGAUCUGGAAGCGCGGUUCACCAUCAAAGACUCAUCGGAUCUUGUCAUAUUAUUGGAGCUGUUAGGCCACUGCAAUGUCUCGUUAAAGGUGCGUGAUUUUUCCAAAACUCUGAUGUAUCUUUCACUGAGCCAUCUUGCAAAAAACCCAGAUUUUCCCACCCAAAAAAUAACAAACUUACAGUACCUCUUGAAAGCUCUUACGAGCAAAGCUGUAUGUUUAUUAUUUCGCACUUUAGGAUUUCAUUAUUAAAAGAUCCAACCGUACAGAUCUAUAGUUAUAUUGGCAUCAGUGGUCUUUUAACAAAAUCCAGUCUUUCUAUGACUAUUUCACACGAUUUUCAAGUCAUCGGAUUAGCUGAUAGUGAUAGUUUUUGAUGGGUAACUUUCAUUGUCAAGGGUACAAGACUCAGUAAGAAAUAUCUUUCUCUCGUGGAGUCCACAGGAUAGCGCACUGUAAUCUGAGCUUAAUGUUUAUUGUUCUGUAAGCUUAAUAUUACUGGAAGUAGACACUGCAGGUGUUAUUAACAAUAUCAUUGACUUUUCUUGAGAAAUUUUAGAUUUAAUUUAUUUAUCAUUCUAGGUAAAAAGGUGUCUAUUUGUAUUUUCACAAAUCUUACUUUAUCUUGCAUAUGAUUAUUUUUAUAGAAUGUGCAGAAUAGAAAUAAUAAUAAAUAAACAAAUAGAUCAUCUUUAUACUUAAAAUUAAAAUGUGCCUGGUUAGACCAUAUCAGACAUUGCAUGCAUGUAAAUUGAGAUAUCAAAAGUCAAAAUCAAACUAUGAAUAAGUAAAAGAAUAAUGUUUAUUUUUUUUUUUAAAAGUAUGGUUUGUAAAAAAAAUUUUGUUGCCUUAAAGUGUAAUUAAAAAUGAAGAGUGUGUGUGAAAAUGCCAACCCAUUAUUAUAAAAGCCCUUACUUAUGACAGUCUUGAAUUGUUAUGGAAAGGUAAAAAUAUUAGAGACUAAAGGGUUUCUUUGUUAAAGAAAUUAACUUUUGUUAGAUGUUAAGGUUUGAAUGCAGUUGAUAAAUUAAACAAAAAAUAGGCCUUGAUUUGCAGACGGAGGAUUUAAUGGGUAAGACCUGCUUAAGGCACUUUCAAAGUUCUUAGCUAAAGUUGCAGUUUUUUCCUUUUUUAGGAAAACAACCUAAGGAUAGUACAUGCAGAGUGCCUCAGAAAUUAUGGAGCUAAAAUAUUUUUGUUUAUUUUUUUAAAAAGGCAAAUUGAUUCUGUACAUAAACAGGCAUGACCAAAAUAUAGGGACACAAAGACUGUCAUGAUUCUAUAGGUAGCAAUAUUUGGGCAGAAUACCUUAAACCAGGCAUUUAGUUAUUUUCAAUGCAGCAGUGACAUUGAAUCCUUUUAUUAUAUGGCUAAGCCUGUUUUCACCCUGCGAUUGGUCAAUUUGCAGUCCAUAACUUACUGUACAGACCAAAAUAAAUGCAGUUGUUCAUUUUGCUCUCUAAAUCGUUAUCCGCAAAAAAAGGGUAGAAAACUAUCAAAAACUGUCUGUUAACCCUAACAACCUAGCCGCGGCCUAGGCUGGAUAGCGCUAUCCACUGGAUAAAUUUACCGGCACCCAUUGGAUAGUGCAAUAAUAUUAGUUUCCCUAAUACUUAUCCACUGGAUAGUGAUUUAUCCGGUGGAUAGUGCUAUUCAAUGUUUGAAUAAGCGGGGCCUGGAAGUUAACAUCGUCCUGCCAAAUUUUGACCUAAAUGUAUUUGAGAAAGAAGCGGAUGGAGAAGUUAAUUAUAGUGGAGAAGAAUAUUCUAGCCAAGAAAUUGACAACUUCAUCCAAAGCCAAAAAUUGAAAAACAGAGUCAAGAAAACUAAACUAGACUGGCAGAGAUUCUACACCUAUUGCCAAAGAAAACUGAGUGGUUCUUUUGGUAUAACAAACAUACCUUUUCCUGAUCUUAACGAGAACCUCUGCAUUUUUUUCAAAGACCUGAAAAAAAAUGAUGGCAGUGACUAUGAGCCUGACUUGGUCUCCAUUUUUUUAAAAGAGCAUCCAGCGUCACAUUACUUAGCAAAAACUUCCUUUUAACAUCUUCAUAAGGAGCGUUUUGGCCGCCAAGAGAAAGAGUUUAGUUAAGCAAGGACGUGGAAACAACCCGAAUGCUGGCUGUGAGUUGAUGGAUGAAGAAGGAGGGAAGCUAAUUUGGAAAUCACAACCAGCACGCAUUGCAGCACCCUCUAGUGGUUUGCUUCAGAGCUAGAGAUGAAAGCAGAAAGUUGUAUUGGGGAGAUAUAGUGCUCGACGUGGAUGCAGAGAUUGGCCUUGUAGUGCUAAUUUGGACCGUUGAAAGGAAAACAAGGUCUCAAUAGUGCUCAUCACAUCAAUUCUGUCUUAAAGCUUUUGCCACUGGCACCAACAAAUGACCUGCUCUUUAUAACAAGUUGUUUAGGGACCACUGUCUGCAGAAAUCCAACAGCCCAGAGUUGCCAUUCUAUCUACCUGCAGUUAACCACCAAACCUGGUGCCAAAGACAACAUGGAACAAGUGCUCAACACCCGCCAAAAAUGAAAUCGGGAAAUUCAUGUCCACAGCAGCAAAAACUGCUGGUUUAGCCGCUCAAAACAGGAAGAUGAAUCAUUCCAUCAGUAAAAUGUCAGUUUCUUGUCUGCUUGAUACUGGUGUGCCAGGAAAUUUUGUGAUGCAACUAAGUGGCCACAAAAAUAUGCAAAGUUUGAGUUUGUACGAAUCAGCUACCCUCACACGCCAGCAGCAUAAUGUCUGAUACUUUGAGCCAAAGAUCGAUGAGUAAUAAUGGCGCCACGUCAAUUCUCGAAGAAAUCUUUCGCAGAUCAUUGUUUUCUGCUGAGAGCCAGACGAGGUCAAGUCCAAAUCCCCCUGCUGAAUUCUGUCAAGGCCAAAGCUUUUUGGCAGGAGUAACAAUGAACAACUGUGUUUUUAACAUCAUUCCAUCAAGCUCUGCAAAGCACCCAUGUAUUGAUGAUCAGGAGUAGAGGCUGCUUUUUUUUCAACUGUGGACUGCAGCAAAGUUUGGUCUUUUCCCUUUUUUGUACACUUAAAGAACUCUUAGUUUUGAUAAAAUUUUUAUCAUGGCUCAUUUGCAUUUUGAUUUUACAUUCAAAGCCCUUGUGAUGUGCUAUUGUCUUGUGAAGCCAAUAAAAACUUUCUUUUGGAAUUUCUGACGCCUGUCAAAUGACUGUCAAAUUGCUUGUCCUGCACAAAUUUCUUGUCCCCCCAAACAGGAAGCUAUAUAAUGAACAUCUUUAGCUAAGUAUAUAAACAGUCUUAAUAUCUUUGACUCUUUCUUUUUUUUAAUCAGCCCUACAUACAUGUAUAUAACCGACAUGACAACAUAUUUCAGACCUGUCACUGAGACCUCAAAUUGAAGGGUAAAUACACCAAAUAGAGAGGGAAUGAGACAAUUAGGGUAUUAAAGUAGCUUAGGGUCACAUUCAUAGUUGCCAGGGAAAAUCCCUGGCCACCAGCCAUUAAUAAAAGCCCUGUAUUUCCACAUAUAUAUUUGUUGGAAAGUACUUUGCAUGGGUACUGGUAUCAAUUUUUCCCCCAUACCUCUUUGAUUUUCGCCUGCUUGUUGUAUUUACCAAGAAGGCAACUUGAAAUCUUAGUGACAGCCCAGAGUCCAGUCUUCUUUAAAAUGUUCUUUUUUUCAUAAACAGGUUCAAAUUCUAGGAUUGCUCAUUGCAAUUUUAAGAAAGAGCAUUCCUAAUUUGCAAGCAGCCACUAAAAUUGGUUUGAUUGAGAGGGUACUAUGCCGACUAACACAGGAGAGGGAAGUUGUUGCUGGUAAGGAAAUGUAACUGUUAAAUAUUUCACUGUUCUCCCAAAAAGUCAUCUCCUUAUAUGUAUUUUGAGGUUGACAAAUCUGCGAGCUGGGUAUGUUCCACUAAAGGUAUGGCAUAAUAAUUCUUUGAAAAAUGGCCAGGGAAAGUUAUUAUUAAUCUUUGUAUGUUGGAGGGGAUUCAAGGAAGGGUGCAAGGGUGUAGGUUCUGGAAAACCUGCAGAGUCUUGCAAUUCUCAGUAAAGUUAUGUAACAAUUUAUUUUAAGGAAACAAUAUAAUGAUUUUGUCAGUGGACAUACAGGUGCAUGUACCGUAGUCAUUUUUUAUGAAUAUUAACAAUAGAAAGGCUCACUUGUUUGUUUAGUUUUCACAGUUAAUACAGUUUAUCAUGUAAUCAGGGCUAUCAGUGGGGGCCAGACACUGGAAGCUCUCUUAACAUACACUCUCACAAGUGGACAGCUCUAGUUGUAGUAGUAGUCUAUCAUGAUAAGAGGGCUGUCAUUAAGAGCCGGGGCCGGGGAUUCCCCCUGGCUAUUAUGAAUGUGGCCGCUUAUACUUUCAUAGAAGAAUAGAAGAAAAAUAGAAGCAAAAGAAAGCCCUAGCUGUUUCAUUCCCUGGCCACUUGUUGUAUUUACCUGGCAAUUUGAAAUCUUAGCGACAUCUCUGUGAUACUGGAUAAAGAUGGUUUUCUUCACCUUUCUUCUAGACAAACUUGUGGAACUUUUAGGAAUCUUGUCUGGUUACAGCAUCACUGUUAAAGAACUCAAGACACUGUUGGCCACUUUGAAGGGUGUGAAUGGAAAAUGGGUGAGUUUACAGAAAAAGUUUAUGUCUGACUGGCUUUACAGUGGGUAGCAAGGUAGAUUGAGUAAAGUUGGGUGAAACCCACUUAGGGGCUGGGGUGAGUCAGCGAAGUUGAGCCUGUAAGCAUUGUUUCCAAUACCUCAUUCUGGGUCAAUUUUGGCAGUUUUCAUUAACACUUAUGUCAGACACUUGGCUUUGCGCAUGCAGACUCAAACACACCGCACAUUUUGACAUUAGCCAUUUUGACAUGAGAAACUUUUUCUGGAAGUGGGUAGAGUGGUGGGCAGACUGAGAUUUUAAAAAGAUAGUUCAAGCUCUCCUUUUCUCUCUCUAUGCUGUUUUCUCACUUGCUUGCUUGCUCUUUUGCUGCUUGCCCACUUUUUUCAUUUGUCUGCACUGACUGAGAGCCUAGCUGGCAGUCACAGGCUAUCCUGCUGAAGCUUGAGCUUAUGAACCUCUGAUUGUUAAUCCCUAUAGUUGAUCUUCACUAUACCACACAAGACAAAUAAGUUGCAAGUUCACUGAUUUUUCUUUAAAGUAUUUCUUAAAUUACUUUGAUGUGUUUCAGUUGCAGACUUGCCAUAAUCUUAAUAGUAUUGCAUGGGUGUUUUUAAAUAUUUUUCAUGAUUUUUAUCUGUGAUUAAUAACAAUUUUGUUGUUACUUAGGAACUGGUAGUGUAAUUAAAGUUCGUAAAUGAAUGCAAAGUUAUAAAUAAUUCCUAAGUAAUUUUUGUCCUUGUUUACAGCCUUGUCAUACAGUAAAGUUGUUGACAGUGUUAAAACUGAUGUUGGAGAAGAACGGGCCCGAUGUCUAUUUCAGCUUUUCAGGAAAAGAGGGCGGGGUGAGUUGUUGCCAUUACAAGCUCUCUAUAGUACUGAACCCUCACAGUGUGGGCCAUUGUUUAAGUCACAGGUUGGUCUGGAGGAAUUUUAGAAUGUUCCAUCGCAGGAUUAUAUUUUCCCACACACUUACUGCUUUUUCUAGAACUGCUGAAAGGAUACUGCUGACUAAGGGCAUUAAUUACCUACCAAAAGUCAGAACUGGCUGACCAGACUAGUAGCUAUUUUGAACAUGAAAUAGGCAUUUUUUUACAAGAGAUUUCACUUUAAACCCAUCACUGCAAUGCAUACUAUUCAGUGGCAGAUCUACAUGUAGGGUAGUAGUCUAGCCCCCACCUUAUUUGUAGGCCAAGCUGAGGCCCUUGAGGGUCCCAAAGAAUAUUUUCAAGGCUGGGCCUCCCUUGGCCUCUUAUAUUAGGGACUGGAUGAGUUAACCCCCCUCUCCCUCUGUUACUAAAAGUUUUGAAUCAGCCAGUGCUAUUUAGUAACAGCCUAAUCUGUGGCUGGACAGUUUAAAUUUCACCAAUGGUAAACACCCAGCCUCUUUGUUAAUGUUGUCUCUGCUAUUUUGUGCUUCAUUUGGUAAAGUUAAUAUUUUUUUGCAGGCCAUCACAUUACCACCCAUUUCCAAAUGGCCUCUUCAGUCAGGUUUUACCUUUUCAACAUGGCUGUGUCUUGACACGUCACAUCUUGCAAAUGCAGAAAAGUGCAAACCCCACUUGUAUUGGUAAGUUGAUCAUAAGCUUAGUAGCAGUAGGCAUGCCUCAAUCACAUAGAGCCAUGAAAUAGUAUCACUGAGGGUCAUGUCUGAGAACAGCAUUUAGGCAAGACUGAUCCGUCAGUUUGGGUCCCAGUCUACAAGCUAUACCCUCUCUCUUCAUUGGUACAUUAUUAUAGUACAAUAAUAGUAGGCUUAAGUCAACCACUGGCUAAUAGUAAAGAAUAGAAAUCUAAACUUGCUUCAAUGACUCAAUACAGGACUCUCUGAUGAGUGGAAAACUUGACUUUGUAUUUUCUUAAAAGAAACUAGUAUAAACUGUUACUAAAGGUAUGGAAAAAUGGGCAACAAAAAAUGUGCAACUUGUUUUGCAACAUUGCAGCAAAAUGAGUUGAAUAGUGAUGUUGCGCAUUUUACCACCCACAUCAAACCUGUCUUGCAACAAAUCAGGUUGUUAACAGGUUUGAACGUGGGUGGUAAAAUGCGCAACAUCGCUAUCAAAUGUUGCAAAACAAGUUGCACAUUUUUUGUUACCCAUUUUUCUGUACCUUAAGAGAGAGUUCUUUUUUAAUAAUGUUUGGUACAAUUUUUUGUUGUUGCAGCUUUCGGACGGGGAAAGGGCUUGGUUAUUCUGCUCAUUUCUCCGGUCCCAUGCUGGUCUUGGAAAGUGCUGUAAAGACUGGCAAACGUGAAAAUAAAGUCCUUCAUCAUCUGGUCAAGUUUGAGUUUCACCCUCAAAAGGUUACAUAUAAUAGUCCAGUUUCGAAUUAAACAUUACUGCUGAAUACAAACAUUUACAACACAUUCAUACAGAGUUAGCCUCAACAUAAAGUAAAAUAUUCAGAAAUUCUGGCAAGUAAGUGUUUGAAAUUUGAAUAUACACAAUAGACAGAGUAAUAAACAGGUCUUUUUCAUAGCUCUAAAGUUUUAUUUGUUACAACCCACAAGUGAACUGAAUAAUAAGCAGUGAAUUUGUUGAACGUCCAGUUUGGUUGUUACGAAUUUUUUUUUACUUCUUAUCCAAAUCUCUUGCACUUUUUUGGUUUAACUGCCUUAUUUUUUACCCCCUCUUUUGCAUUAAUUUCCAUUAUUUGAAAGUUGUUUUCCACUAAAUUUGCUUUAAUUUAAGUUGCAUUGAUUUCCAAUACCUUAAUUUCACAGAGCGUUAAUUUCCUAUAAUAAGGUAAUUCCAACCUUUGAAAGAAACUUACCUCUGUUAAUACAAAUAAAUCCCAAUUAUGUGAAUUAAUCCUCUAUCCUUUUAUGCCUGAUAGUGACCUAAGAAAAAUUUCACAAUAAAAUUCCACUUCUUCUUCUUAAAUUCUCUGUCAAAGAGUUUUCAUUUGUAACACAGUAGUAUUUUGUCCACAGAUUUUUUUAGUUAGCGUGACAAAUAAACUCAUCAAAACACUUGAAAGGUUUAAUACAUGAUAAAGUGUUUUACUUUUUCAGUGGUACAUGGUGACAGUUGUACAUGUGUACAACAGAUUUCAUUCCAGUGAGAUCCAUUGCUUUGUUAAUGGUAAAGUAGUUUCUACAGGAGAGACAACUCUGGUCCAUGCUAAUGAGGUAAAUAUUAUUUAUUCUUUUAUUUGUCAGUAGCAAAAUUUCCUUGGAUCACUGAUGCAUAUCAGAUAGAGAACACGUAUUCACCUUAGGUGAUUCCAUCAGAUUUUUUUCACUUUUGUAACAAUAAGGCAUUUUCUCCGACUCCAUAAGAAGUAAAUUUCCUUUUGUAUGGAAAGAAUUGUUUUGAGACUGCAUGGGAGUAUCCUUUUCCCCUGGUACUUUUAAUGGACAACCAUUGAAAUGGUACAGAUGAAGACAUAAUUAUGGCCAUCAGUACAUUUAAACCUAUGCAAAAGAACAAAAAAAACAUAUCAAGACCUCCUAACAUUGGUGAGUUAUUUUUACAUUAUAUGUGUACUCUGAUUAUUUCGUGAACCCAGCCUCAUCUGCUGUCAUUUCAAAUUCAAUUUCCUCAUCAUCUUGCAAGUUUGUGGUUGUAGGUCUUUUUUGUAUCUAAAUGACCAGAUUUUAAAAUCUAACUUAGUGUUAGUCAACUGCUGUAAUGUAUAUAUUUUCGGUUUCACUUACAUUGUAAAAGAUACAGUGCCUCCACAUACCCUUUAUUACCAGUAAAAGUUUGAAGUCCUGGUGCUAUUUUCAUUGCUCCUGAUGCAUUAACUCAUUAGUUGUAGAGUAUAGCUAUGACUGGUUUUAAGAGAAACAAACAUUUUCCACAGCCAUUUGACAAGUGCUACAUAGGCUCAUCCCCAAAGGCUGACGAGUCCACUGUGUUCUGUGGACAAAUGGCUGCCGUUUAUCUGUUCUCAGAGGCAUUAAGUGCACAGACAGUGGGUGCCAUUCAUCGACUGGGGCCCGGAUACAAGGUAAAUGGGGCUUUUUAAACAGGGACAAUAAAAUUAAUGACAGUGCUUAGGAAGAGGCCAAUUUUGUCAAAAUUGGUAAAUAAUGGCUGAAGAAGUAAUAUUUAGGGACAGCUUUUAAAUUUCGAGUACGAUGCAGUAGUUACCACUUGGCAAUGUUAACAAAAGGGGAAAAACUAUGGUUAUCUCUUCCUUGGAGGAAAAUGCGAAGGAGUCAAUUCUCGGUGUUACAUCAUACUUUAAAAGUCUUGUAAAAUUAAAAUUAUGCAUAGCUCUUUUGAGCGAAAAGCCCGGUGCCAGGUUGUUCGAAGCUGGGUUAAGAUAACCCAGGGUUAGUGCGAAAUUUGAACUCAAAUAUGAGAGCUUAUUUAAAGCAAAUUCAGCUUAAUUCACUUUGCCUUUAAUUUGAUGAUUGGAUACUCUAAAGUGAAUAGAUAAAAUUAUGCGAUAGAGUGCUUUUGAUAGAAAGAAAAAGAAUCCAGGGUUAAAAUUUAACCCCAGGUUAGUGCUAACCGGCGUUCGGACAACUGGGCCCAGGACAGUUAAAACUUAACAGAUCCAAAAGGCUAUGAAAUGUGACAUGUUUUUUGUUUUAUCUUAGAGCCAAUUUAAGUUUCCUGCAGAAAUUGAUACUCCUCUGUGGGAGCAAGACAGGAAGGUAUUAAAGUCUUAGUCAUCAUCAUUGUCAUUGUUUUGGUACAAUGUAAUUUAAUGUAAUAAUUGAUGUACUUAGUGAAGCGCGUUUCUUCUGUAGGCUCUAACUAUGUGCACAGAUAAAACCAAGUCACUUCCAGCUACUUUCUGGAAAUGAAAAGUAGCUGGCUGCUUAUUUAUAAGGGAUCGUUAGCAGUGGAAACUUAACACUUAUUAUUGAAGGUUGAUGCUGAUCACUGUGGCUAGGAGGAUAGCAGAAAGAAAGAAAGAACGAACGAACAACAACCAACAAACACAAUUUUUAUUACUGAUGCAGUAAAUCAGACUGUAAUUAAUACACUUUGAUCAUUGAGGCAAUCAGUGGUGUGAAAUUCAAUGUCAUCAUAAACUCUCUGGGACUACAAUCGUUGAAAAAAUGAAAAACAUGCUCUGUACAUAGGUAAAAGGAGCAAAAGGGAACAAAGAAUUACCUGUACGGUGUACAUGGAGAUGGAUCUGCUUAUUGAGGCAAAAAACUCCUACAAUUUUCUCCUUAAUCCAUUAAAAAAAAAGAAGAACCGCGGCAGUAUUAGCUCAGUCGGUAGAGCGCUUCACUGCAGAGCAGGAUGCCGCGAGUUAGCCUUCCCCGCAGACAUUCUUCGGCGUGCGUCACGCGUUCCUUCCCCACGAAGGAACGCGUGACGCACGCCUAAGAAUGUCUGCGGGGGAGGCUAGCCGCGAGUUCGAUUCCUGGGGCUGGACCAGUACUCAGGGUCUUAAAAUAACUGAGAAAUGAAGGUACUCCCUUUGCACUGCAAGCGGCUAGACCUCGCGUGGGUCGGAGGACCACCAGUAAAAUGGUGGUAUUUUCUCCAGUAGGAGACGUAAAAAUAGUGUCCCCAGUUAGCACUUUCGUGCUAAAUACAUUGACACUUAAAUAAAGCGAACAAACAAACAAGCAAACAAACAAACAAACAACAACAAGGUGUGUAUAUUGAAAAUGCACCAGAGUGCAGUUACAUGUGUUAUUAUUUAUAGUAAGUUAUAUGACAAAAUUUCUAGUAACUGAUGACCUAAUUUGCUUGAGAAAGAUAAGGAUUUUUGUUGUUUUGUUUAAAGCAUAUUGAAGUAGCCAUUAUGUAUUUUCAGGUGCUGUAUGAGGGUCACUUGUCAGCCUCUAUUAUGUUCAUGUACAGUCCUAAGGCUUGUGAUCAACAGCUUUGUCUUGAAGCUUCACCAACUGAGAAUCAUUCGUUCUUUUGUCAUUCACCACAUGCUCUAAUGCUGGAGGUAAGACAGAAC